UGACUCUGUGUCAUAUAAUACUUUAUUUAACAUUAAUACAGUGGCUUUGACAGUAAUAUAUCCUGUCAGUUAAAACAUGCAUUUUAACACAGGUAAAUCCACUGAGUGUUUACCCCGAGUACUGUACCAUGAUGCGGUUGUUGACUGUCGUAGUGGUGGUGUUGGCUGGGCCGCUGCACCUCGUCACUGCCCAUAAGAUGGAACUGGGACUUUGUAAGUCCAUGCCAGAGGUAGAGAACUUUGACCCAGACAAGUUUGCAGGUGAAUGGUAUGUGUUGGAGUCAGUGUUAACCAGCAGCUCCUGCGUAAGACUGGUGUUCAACCGUACUCAGGAAGGCUUCACGAUGCAACACUUUAGAGAGCUGUUUAUAGCUCAGGUUGUCGGCUUCAACCACGUCUUCAGAACCACCGGUAUCCUGCGACUCAUCAAAGGCACAGCCAGGAUGAUCAUGAUUAUGAUAUACAUUGCUUCUAGAGAGGUGGUAAAGAUUUGCCUUGUUUCCAAAGGUGUAACGAAGAGGCUUGAGGAAUUGCAGAACUUGGGUGAGAGUGAAGUGAUGAGGUUGUUUGCAGAAGAACUUGACAGUUUCUGCACCGAGGCCUAUCUAGAGUUUAAUGCAGAUCCAAGGUUAUUCACCACCUACCUGACAGUGGUGGACACAGACUACACCCAGUACGCUGUACUCUACGAGUGUACAACAAUGAUGUUUGUGCGCCGCUACACAGUGCGCAUACUCAGUCGCCAGCCCACCCUGGAUGCUGUUCUCCUACGCCAGCUUCCUCUUGUUGUAUUACCUGAUCCAUAG